AUGGUAAAUAUCACACUGUGCAUGCAUCCAACUUCCAAAAAAUGUCAACAAUCUUUUGGAAACCGGUACACGGCUUAUUUUGUGGUUAUGGCCGAAGCAGACGCGCCGGUCGCCAUUUCUGUCCCGGCAAUACGCCGCGAGAACGACUGCUUUCUUCUUUUGGCCACACCAAUCAACCGAUAUCAUUUAUUCUUAACUCUUCGCUUGAAAUCAUUUAUACCAAUGGACUCUGUAUCCUUGGUAAUGAAGAGCCGAAUUCCUCGCGAAACUAACUCUUCCCCUCUAUCUAGCUUUGAAGAUGACAGUGAACUACAAGAGUUCUGGUAG